UAUACCACCUCUACCUUGUCACAACACAACUGAUUGGCUCAAACACAUUAAGGAAAUAAAUUCCACAAGUUAACUUUAACCAAGGCACACCUUCUAAUUGAAAUGCAUUCCAGGUUCCUCAUGAAGCUGGUUGAGAGAAUGCCAAUUCCCACACUGUAAUUGUUUGGACACAAAUGUUCUCACCGCAUACCUCACAUAGAAGAUGGCGCUUCAAGUCCUUAGGAAACUGUGCAGUAUUUUCUUUUUUUAAUGUAUUAUUUCUUACAUUGUUCUUUUUUAUAACCAUGUGUAUGUGACCAAUAAAAUUUGAUUUCCAAGUUUCACAUAUUCUGGUAGAGUCUCCUCAAAAAAAUAUAUAUAUAUCGACCGGCUUUUCUCCUUCCUUCCAUUCACCAUACGGGUCAGGCGACGUGCACUCGUGGGUCCUCCUCGUCUUUUUCCAACGAGCCUCCAGCUUUAAAACUCCUUUGGCAGGCGCCCUUCUCCGAAAAUCAAUACAUGUUACUUCUCUCGUGGACAAUUGUGCCAGAUCCAGUGAAAGCUUGUUCUGCUCUUCAUCAACACAAUUAACCAAAGCAAGGCUGCGUCUAGUCACCUUGGUUGAAUCCAUCUUUCCCACUGCUUUCUUCACAGUCCUUGAUAUCACAAAUGGAUUUCCCAAAUGAAUCUCCUUGUCCAAAAACGUAGUCCAAUAAGAAAUGCAUUAUUGGACCGGUCCUUCAUCUUUUGCUCGUUUAAUUGCAUUCUUUGAUUUCAACUUUUUUUUUCAUUCAUUGUCACACACUUCACUUGCCUCACUUUCAAUUUCUAGCACAGUCGCCAUUAUCUCCCAACCACCACCAUAGAAGAGUUCUUAACACGUAGCCCCUAACCUUAACCCAUUGUAAAUGUAAACUUCAAUGGGGUAUGGAAGUCCCAAGGAUCCCGGUCAGCACGGACCAUUCGAUUAUACGAGUUCCGGAUGUGGGAGGAACAGCUGUUUCGGACACGAUGACGUAUAUCCGCUUUCUUUUAGCUAUCGGCUGGCUAGCAGGCCAACAACAACAACCGUUCGGAUAUUCCGAUUAUAUUGAAGGACUUGUAAUUGAACUUUAUAGGUGAUCAAGGCAAAGGUGAUCAAGGUUUCAAUGCGGUGACCAAGUAUCAGCUAAUGUUACAUAUUGCAGCUGGAUAGCAUUUUGUAGUCGUCCGCAUUGGAAGAGACCAUUCUGUUGUUCCAGCCCAACAUAUCUGGGCUAUGUGCAAGGCACCAUAAGACUCCAAGAGGACACUAACAGCUGGUGAAAAACAUGGACCUGGGUCCUGUUAUCCUUGUCAUUAAGGCACCCAACCAGAAGUAUGAUGACCAGACAAUCAACUGCUUCCUGAACUGGACAGUGGAUAAACUAAAAACCCAUAUCUCACAUGUAUAUCCCAGUAAACCGAGCUCCAAAGACCAGAGGCUGGUGUAUUCUGGGAAGCUGCUCUUGGAUCACUUAACACUGAAAGAUGUGCUCAGAAAGCAGGAUGAGUACCACAUGGUCCACCUGGUGUGUGCAUCACGCACCCCUCCUGGGUCCCCCAAGGUCCUCAGGAGCCACAGUAACAAGGCCACUGGAGUCCCCUCUACUAGCUCCAUGGUGAGUUACCGCCCCAGUGUCCCCUCCCAGAGUCAAUCAACCUCCUCUGAAGAGAGCUCUGACGGGCUGAGACAUCGGACAGGCCCCGCCCCUAACCAUGCAGCACACCCUGCCUUUAUGCAAGGCUACAUGUGGAACCAGUUCCCGCCACAGCAAGGCCCUCCCACCAACAUGCCAGCCUACCCUGGCAUACAGUACAAUCCCAUGACGCUGCUGUGGUGGCAGCAGGUGUACGCCCGGCAAUACUACAUGCACUAUCAGAUGUUGGCUGCCUCGUCUCACCAUCUCAGGCCUGACCUGCUCUCGGCCCAGCCUGGCCAAUCAGAUCCUCUGAACCCACCUCCCCCGGAGGAGCGCCAUGGCGACCCCAACAUCCAGUUGAAUGCCCAGGGAGCGGAGGCGCUGCUGAACGAGGAGGAUCAGAACUGUGAUUGGCUGGACUGGGUGUACACUGUGUCACGCGCCGCCAUCUUGCUCAGCAUAGUCUACGUUUACUCAUCCUUUAGCCGCUUCGUCAUGGUGAUUGGUGCCAUGUUGCUGCUAUACCUGCACCAAGCAGCGUGGUUCCCCUUUAACCUGGAGAACGAACUUCAGAACCCUGGGGACGGGCCCCACCAGGACGAGCUGGAGGCUGACCUUCAUCAUGACCUCCAAGAGACGGAACGGGUGAUGGAUGACGGCUUAGGGGAUGAUGAUGAUGAUGAUGAUGCGGACAGUGGAGAGGAAGGACCAGAGGAUCCCAAUGGUAUUCCCCAUGUUGGCUUCCUCAAUACAACUUGGUCAUUUAUUGCCACGUUCUUCAUGUCUCUUAUACCUGAGGGGCCCCCCGAUGCUGCCAACUGAGGCAAUGAGCCAUGGAAGUCAGAAUGGCACUAGUGACUGAACUGAAUACACUAUCUUAGUAUGCCCAGCAAGUUCACCCCUAGGUCUACACAAUCAUUGUACAUCUACCGGAUCACAGGGCACUACCAAAGAACUGAAUGGUCACAGACAGAAAGGUUUUGAAGUGAACAACAGAAUGACACUUUGGGGGGAAAUGACAUCAUUUGAAACUUUCAAUAUGAGAUCUAAAUAUUCUUCAGUAUGAUCUUCUCCGUCGUUGUAGUGUAGGAAACUAUGACUUCUAAGAAGAGAACAUUGAUCCCUGUGUAAUAUUAUCUGUUUAAUACAAUGAUAAUUAGCCCUAUUUCUGUGUGAAAGAAUGAUCAAGUAUGUACUGUCUGUAUAGUUGAAAUAAUUGUUGAAUUGUAUAAUAAGUGUAUUUUAAUAUAAACUUCAAGCAAUCAGUUAGAAAGUACCCUAAA